AGAUUGGAUGUGGAGUCUGAACUGCUUCUGGGUGUCCCUCUAGAACAUUUCUUGUUUCUCCAUGUAAUUCUCCCAAUGGAAGGCCACCCAAGGUUCCUGUUCUCCUGUUUGUGCUGAGUGGUUGCUUGGAGAGGUGGUGAAUGAGUAAAGAUACGCUCGGUGAUGGUUCAGAUGUGGGCCUUGCUCUGGAUGUGGUUGCUGCUGCUGCUGCCCUGGGAAAAUGCCUUGAUAAGGAAUUAACACCAGUCCGUGAUGGGCUGUGGGACAAGCAAAGUGCUUCCCGAGCCCCCCAAAGAUGUGCAGCUAGACCUGGUUAAGAAAGUCGAGCCUUACACAGGCCACAGCGACAUAUACAAGCAUUUCAUCAAAGAUGACUGUGGGACUGUCAUCAAAGCCGGCUCUCCCUCACCUCCACGUCACCCUAACCCCUAUCCUGGGAACCACCUGCCCGCCCACGUGGACCAACCCGAGCCCCGCAAGAACAAAGUGGCUAAAUACCGCGCCAAAUUUGACCCCAGAGUGACGGCCAAGUACGACAUUAAAGCCCUGAUCGGGAGAGGGAGCUUCAGCCGCGUCGUACGGGUGGAGCACAAGGCUACCAAGCAGCCCUACGCCAUCAAGAUGAUAGAGACCAAAUACCGGGAGGGGAGGGAGGUGUGUGAGUCGGAGCUGAGUGUGCUGCGGCGGGUCCGGCACACCAAUAUCAUCCAGCUUAUUGAGGUGUUUGAGACCCAGGACCGUGUGUACAUGGUGAUGGAGUUGGCGACCGGAGGAGAACUGUUUGAUCGAAUCAUCGCUAAAGGUUCCUUCACCGAGAGGGACGCUACGCGCGUGCUGCAGAUGGUGUUAGAUGGUGUGAAGUACCUGCACACGCUGGGUAUCACACACCGGGACUUGAAACCAGAGAAUCUGCUGUACUACCAUCCGGGAACAGAUUCCAAAAUCAUGAUUACGGACUUCGGGCUGGCAAGCGCUCGGAAGAAGGGAGAUGACUGCCUGAUGAAAACCACAUGCGGGACCCCAGAGUACAUCGCUCCCGAGAUCCUGGUCAGGAAACCGUACACGAACUCUGUGGACAUGUGGGCGCUGGGGGUCAUCUCCUACAUUCUCCUGAGCGGCACUAUGCCCUUUGAGGAUGACAACCGCACCCGCUUGUAUCGCCAGAUCCUGAAAGGAAAGUACAGUUACUCAGGCGAGCCCUGGCCCAGUGUGUCCAACCUGGCCAAGGAUUUCAUUGACCGUCUGCUCACGGUGGACCCCAGUGACAGGAUGACAGCCCUCCAGGCCCUGAAGCACCCGUGGGUGGUCAGCAUGGCAGCCUCUUCCUCCAUGAAGAACCUGCACCGCUCCAUCUCACAGAACCUUCUCAAGAGGGCAUCUUCCCGCUGCCAGAGCACCAAGUCUGCUCAGUCCACCCGCUCCAGCCGCUCCACCAAAUCCAACAAGUCGCGGCGGGUUCGGGAACGGGAGCUGCGGGAGCUCAACCUGCGCUACCAGCAGCAGUACACUGGCUGA